CCGAGAAAGACCCAGACAAGGUCUCAGGCACGAAUCAGAGUGCGGGGGCCCGAGUACGCAAGUCCGAAUUGACUCAAGUGGUUGAUUACAUGUCAGCCACCGAGUUCCAGGUUGACCCACACCCGCUAGAAAUGCUAGAGCGCUCUCCCAUCGUUCAAGGAGACACUGUAGUCGUCAGAGAGACCACAGACAUGGCAUCCGAGUUAAGCAAGCGAGACGUCGAGUUUAAAGAGCUUAGGCCUCACGGCCUCGAUCCAAGCGCGAUUAUGGACUAUGUUGAAUACAUGGUGGCUUUGAAGGUCGGAGACGCGAGUGCUGACCACGCAUUGGAGUUUUUCCGCCAGUCAGAGGAUCCUCAUCCAGGAAGACCGAACAUGUAUAUUGUGAUUCCGCAGGUACGAGAGCAUGAGGUCAAAGAGCUGAGGCCGGGAGGCCUCAGCGACGAGCUCAUUAGCGAAGUUCCAGAUGAGGGAGCUGUUGAGGCCACGCGAGUUCCGGCCUUGGAUCGUGAGAUUACCGUGAACGACAAGCGUCCAACUCGAACCAGGGAGUCCGGGGUCGAGUCGGGAGUCGUUUGCAUGUCGAGUGCGGAGUUUUGUGCCGAAGUGAGUGAAAUCAGUGACGGCCCACACGAGUCAGCGAUGGGAGUGAAAACAAGACAUACUGUUGUUCCUAAUCCUCCUAUACGACCAUGCCUCCGAAAGCAGAGAUCGAGACUUGAUGAAGUCCAGGAUAGUCAAAACAGAUCGGAUCGAGACAUCAGCAGCCAAGUUGGCGCCCUGGGACAGGUUUUGUGGCCUGGAAUGGUUGACAAAGAUCGCAGGCGUGUUUUAGACAAGAUGCCAUCAGCGAGCCGAGAGGUCACAGAUAAAGAGUCCAGGCCUCCCUAUCGCUCGAGCGCAUGUAUGAGCCACUCCAAGCCUCGGCUGGGCUUAGAACCGAAGUGUCGGUGCCACACGUCCGAAGUGCUGAGACUUACUUCAUCAGCGCUGCUGGAUGAGCUUCAUAUCGCGGCUAUUGAUGUAGGCAAACAUGCGUCCAGAGUGUGGAGGAAGAAGCCUCCCUGACGAUGUUAGUCCCCAGGAUUUGUGGAUUGAGCACGAUGCCGCUGGUUUCAUUUAGGAUAUCGUGAGGGACCAC